UGAGGUAUAUUUUCCGGGUACAAAUAAAGGCUUUAUCACAACAUUUUAACCCUAUUUCACGCAAUUUUAGUGGUAUUCAUCGAUUACAAAGAUUGACCAUGAACAGUGGUGAUACAGUAUUUAUAAAAUUUAGUGUUCGUUUCGAGAAAUGACUAGUUGAAAGAAUAAUAUGAGCCCACCCAUACAAGCUAUGUGACUGUAAAAUACACCGUUGUUUAAAAAACAAAUUUAAACCUUCCUCAUAUCGUUAUCUUCUUUUUCUUGGACUUUAGUCCUUUACGACCUUGUCCUCGAACCUCUUCGGACGCUGUUCUUUAGUUCUUCUGUCUACUUGAAGUGCCAGGUCCUUCACACACUGACUGACCUUCUGCGGAACUACGUAACCUACGAGAUUAGCCGGUAUCACAAGACAGCAUCGAGGCAGAAGGUGGAGGAGACAGAGGAGGUCUUGUUGGAGAAGGAUGAUGAUAUGAAGGAACGUCCCCUUCACUCCAGUUCAUCUGUAUUCUCUGUUCGGGAGGCGUACUUUGACCCGAUGAACACGGUCAAGAAGCUGGUAGAGUUUGUGGAUGGACUGUUUUUGGUCGCUCUUCAACUUCAUCAGCACCAUUCCCUUUUCUUGCAUCACACACUCACCUUCUUUGAACAGGUGGCGCUUCUUUACAAAAUGCAUGGUGUUGUCUUUUCGCAGAUGCCGGCCAAGAUGAACUGCUACUGGACCAUGUUUGGUAUAGAUCCCACAGCAUGCUCUAGGAUGUGCCAGAUCAUCUGCAAGCAGGUUCCUUAUCAUGUUAUGAGUUUCUUUAGUGUGAUCUUAAGGUUUGAUAAUUAAACUGCACAGUUCCAUGCAUAUUUGGUAUUGAUCAUAUGGCCUACAUUAGCAUACGUUCGAUAACUUGCUCCUUAUAUGGUGAAGAUAGACAGAAGUAAGAGCGGUUUGAAUGAAGAGGAUGCUUGAGACAAGAGGAAGUGGAAGGGGAGAAGCAAGUAACCCUUCAUGAUACGGAAAAUGAUGAAUUUAGGAAAUGACGUUGACGAUCUCUUCCAAACUUUCACCAGUCUACUUCUCAGAGUUGUUCCGCUUUAAUUUAGACUUGUUUGCCAUUCUGUUGAUAAAACCCAAGUGCAACCCUAACUUAGCCCUAUAUCUUUGAUAAAAUAAAGCCCAGAUCAAAUGUUGCCAUGGCAAGUAUAUGUUCACCCAUUAAUAUCCAUAGGUAUUAUCUGUAUCAGAAAAGGAAACAUGUACUCGUUUGAAAAAUAUUCUUAAGCGAGGUAUUUCAAAUGGUUAUUUAUAGAAAUCUGGCUAUUGUGAAUAUGAAAUUGUUUGAUUUGAAAAAGAAUGGGUUUUGAAAAAUGGAAGUUUUUCUCUCUAUAGCUUCUGUAGCUCACUGAUCUAAUAGUGAAUAAAGUU